CGCAACGAUGGUCGCAACUAAAUUGUUUUCGGUUAUUUUAACUGUCCUGGUUUCUUCGAGUUUGGGAACAAUCGUAUCUGAUUGUGAUGGCGAGAUUGGACAACCUUACGCCGUUAUUGUCAAAGGUUGCGAUGUGCAGCCGUGCCGUUUCAGUACUGCUGUGCCCGUGGAUUUGGACAUCAUCUUCGACGUUCCCAACGACUUGGAAUUUUUUGCUCCUGCUGUUUCCGUCUCGUUUGAUUAUGUCGAAUGGAUCCCUUUCAGUAUAGAAAUGAACGGGUGCGACUCUUUGGUGGGCUACAGGUGUCCUUUGGAGGAGGGCGAAAGGGCUAGGUUUCAUUUCGAAAUGGAUGUUCCACCAAUUCCUAUCACUUUGGGUUUGCAGUACGCGUUGGCUAUUGGAACGGAGGAGGAUGCAGCGAAGUUGAAUUGCUUCAGGGUGAACGCGACGGUCAUUAUUGAAUGAGAAAGAAAUGUAAUUGGUAAUUUGGAAGUGAAAUAAAUUAAA